AUGGGCACAGUAUCUGGACUUUCAACUCAGGUUGUUUUGCAGAACCUUCUCAUAUGUGUCAUCCUCUUCUACACUGUGUAUUACGUGGCUCUGGGCAUGUACUGGGUGAUGCUCAAGGUGUCUGAGUUGGAUGUCCUGGCACCAUCUGAUUUCAAAACAAAUCUUUCAUGGCUCAACACAAAUUAUAAAGUUCUUUUAGUCUCAUCAGAGAUCACCUACUUUGUUUGCGGAUUGCUUUUUGUUCUGGUGGUAGAAGAAUGGGUUUGGGAUUAUGGUAUUUCAGUAACUAUUUUUCAUGUUGCCAUCACUUCAACUGUUAUGUUGGAAUUCCCUUUGACAUCACAUUGGUGGGCUGCUUUAGCGGCUACUGUAUUGGACAAUAGGGGAGGAUCUCGUUUACCAGGGAGGAAUGGUACCACCUGCAGAUAUUAUAAUUCAGCCCAUCAGGCUGAGUUCAAGGCUGAGUUACUUAGUGCAAAAAGAUCCACCCUCAAGGAAAGGAAAAAGUGCAUAGAAAACCCAGAGAUUGUCAUCCCGGCCAUGAUGCGUAAAGGCUGUGUGUACAUUGUCUAG